GCGUGGGGCGUGGGGCGGGAGGCGCCAAAGUGUGGGGGGCGUGGGGCGGGCAGUGCCGAGGAGCCGCUACCACCUGCCGUUAUCCCUGCGCGCGGCGGGGCUUCCCUCACCCCCCAGUCCUGGUAGGCGGCGCCGGAGACCCAGGGGCCGAGACCGCGAAUCUGGAGUCCGCGGCGCUCGCCCGGCCAGGCUGGCGACUCGCUUCGUUUUGCAGAGCGGCUGCUCCCCUCCCGGUCCAGCUGCGACGCUAGGAAAGCGUCAGACUCAGUCUGUCACGGGAGCCCGCGCGUGGCGUGACGAGGGAGAGCUGGGCUCGGCGGCGAGGGACUCGUUUCGUGCCUGGAGAGGCAGGAAGAGGGCGCGGGCAGCGCAUCCUCGGGCGGGGACGCCCUGAAAACAGCCACCGCAGCGGUGGACACAGUUUGUUUGGCUUUAUUUGUACGGAGUGCAUUUUCAGUGACGUGCGGUCUUGCUUCAAAGAAGAAAUGCCCCCCCAAGAGCUCAGCCGGCGACUGGCCGCAGUGACCACGCAUGUCGAUGAAAUUCUGCAGCAGGACGUCAGGCCCUUGAUGGCGGUGGAAAUAAUAGAACAGCUUCACAGACAAUUUGCCAUUCUUUCAGGAGGCCGAGGGGAGGAUGGCGCCCCCAUCAUCACGUUCCCAGAGUUUUCAGGGUUCAAACAUAUCCCAGAUGAAGACUUCCUGAAUGUCAUGACCUACCUGACCAGCAUCCCCAGUGUGGAGGCUGCCAGCAUUGGAUUCAUUGUCGUUAUCGACAGACGAAGAGACAAGUGGAGCUCCGUAAAGGCGUCCUUGACACGAAUAGCUGUGGCAUUUCCAGGAAACUUACAGCUCAUAUUCAUCCUUCGUCCAUCUCGCUUUAUCCAGAGGACAUUCACUGACAUUGGCAUUAAAUACUAUCGAAACGAAUUUAAAACAAAAGUGCCGAUCAUCUUGUUAAACUCUGUCUCUGACCUUCAUGGCUACAUCGACAAAAGCCAACUGACCCAGGAAUUAGGGGGGACUUUGGAAUAUCGCCACAGUCAGUGGGUAAAUCACCGCACUGCCAUCGAAAACUUUGCCUUGACCUUGAAGACCACUGUCCAGAUGCUGCAGACAUUCGGGGCCUCCCUGGCCACAACAGAGCUGCCCAGAAGCAUGCUAUCCACGGAAGACCUUCUCAUGUCCCACACAAGGCAGCGGGACAAGCUACAGGAUGAGCUGAAAUUACUUGGGAAGCAGGGGGCCACAUUGCUGUCAUGCAUCCGAGAACCAGCAACCAAAUAUCCCAACAGCAAACUCAAUCUCAAUCAACUUGAGAACGUAGCUGCCUUGGAAAGGUUAUUAGUUCAACUGCAUGAAACAGAAAAAGCCUUUAGUGAGUUUUGGUCCAAGCAUCAUCUGAAGCUUAACCAGUGCCUGCAGCUGCAGCAUUUUGAGCACGAUUUUUGUAAGGUUAAGCUUGCCCUGGAUAAUUUGCUGGAAGAGCAAGCAGAGUUUACAGGCAUUGGAGACAGCGUGAUGCACGUGGAGCAACUUCUUAAGGAACACAGAAAACUGGAGGAGAAAAGCCAGGAGCCCCUGGAAAGGGCCCAGCUGCUGGCACUGGUUGGGGACCAGCUCAUCCAAAGCCACCAUGAUGCAGCAGACGCCAUCAGGUCCCAGUGCGUGGAGCUCAGGCACCUCUGUGACGAUUUCAUCAAUGAAAACAAGAAAAAACAGGAUGUUUUCGGAAAGUCCCUGGAGUUGCACAGACAGCUGGACAAGGUCAGUCAAUGGUGUGAGGCAGGGAUCUACCUCUUGGCCUCCCAAGCUGUAGACAAGUGUCAGUCUCGAGAGGGGGUUGACAUCGCCUUGAACGACAUUGCGACAUUUCUGGGCACAGCCAAGGAGGACCCGUUGCUCAGCCCCAAGGAGUUUUACGACGAGUUUGAGUUGCUACUCACCCUCGAUGCAAAGGCCAAAGCCCAGCAAGUCCUGCAGAGGCUGGGCGAUGUGCAGGAAAUAUUUCACAAGAGGCAAGUGAGUCUGAUGAAACUGGCAGCCAAACAGACUCGUCCAGUGCAACCUGUGGCCCCACAUCCUGAGUCGUCACCAAAAUGGUUGUCAUCAAAAACCAGCCAGCCCCCCACCUCGGCUCCUCCACUGAGAACUUCCGAGGAACCUUAUACCGAGGCAGAGUUGAACUCCUGGGGAAAGCAAGACCGUGAGACUAACUUGGGAGUCAAGAAUGAAGAAUUCUUUGAAAGCCUUCGUGAGAGAGGGAACCCUCAGCUGGAGCAGCCGGCCAGGCUCAGAGACCCUUCCCCCUGCAGGCGCAUUAUAUGUGACUUGCUGGAGACGGAAGAGAUUUAUAUAAAAGAGAUUAAAAGCAUAAUUGAUGGAUACAUCACUCCAAUGGAUUUUAUUUGGCUAAAGCAUCUAAUUCCAGACGUCCUUCAGAAUAACAAGGACUUUCUCUUUGGGAAUAUGAGAGAACUUUACGAAUUUCACAGCAGGACUUUUCUGAAAGACUUGGAAAAGUGUGCUGAGAACCCUGAACUUCUGGCACAUUGCUUUCUCAAGAGAAAAGAAGAGCUUCAGAUAUAUUUUAAAUACCACAAGAAUCUGCCCCGAGCUAGGGCAAUCUGGCAAGAGUGUCAAGACUGCGCAUACUUUGGGGUAUGCCAGCGCCAACUGGAUCACAAGCUCCCUCUUUUUAAGUAUCUUAGAGGACCAAGCCAGAGGCUUCUAAAAUACCAGAUGCUGUUGAAGGGUCUGCUGGAUUUCGAGUCUCCUGAAGAUACGGAGAUAGACCCAAGUGAACUGGGAGGCUCGGCUAAGGAUGGGCCAAAGAGAACCAAAGAUUCAGCAUUCUCAACUGAACUACAGCAAGCUUUGGCAGUGAUAGAGGAUUUGAUCCAGUCCUGUGAGUUGGUUGUGGACCUAGCAGCAGUGACCGAAUAUCCGGAUGAUAUUGGAAAACUAGGUGAGCUGUUGAUGCACAGCCCUUUCAGCGUCUGGACAAUUCACAAGGACCGUUAUAAAAUGAAGGAUUUGAUUCGAUUUAAGCCCAGUCAGAGGCAAGUCUACCUAUUUGAAAAAGGAAUAGUGUUCUGUAAGAUACAAAUGGAGCCUGGGGACCAGGGAUCAUCUCCUCAUUACAGCUUCAAGAAGUCCCUGAAGUUGAUGUCACUUUCAAUUCGCCAACUUGGAAGGGGGAGCCAUAGAAAGUUUGAGAUUGCCAACCGAAAUGGACUUGAGAAAUACAUCCUGCAGGCAGCUUCAAAAGAAAUCAGAGACUGUUGGUUUUCCGAAAUAAGUAAAUUAUUGAUGGAACAACAAAAUGAUGUUCAAGGGACCUCAGGGCCAUGCGUGAGAGGAAGGACACUGCGAGCCAACGAGGGAUGUAGAGAGAGGGCCUCUUGAGAUAACCAGGCAGAAGAGGACAUUGUACCCAGGUAUGAUGGAGUCAGCUAGGGCUUGGGCAGGGAAGAGAAGAGUGUCCCUGAUGGUUGAGACACAGACGCAGGAGAAGCCAAAGAGGGAGGCAGGCGCUGAGGUUUGGGACAAGCUCCUCAGCUGUGGCAUCACUGCCUGAGAUCAGAAAGUGUAGCAAGACUGCUGGGAAAGAUCAGGCCCCACCCAGAAGAAUGCAGGGGCAGGCAGUGCGGUGGGUGAGAAAUACAAGGCAAAGCCCCAGUCCUGGCAGAAAUAAAGGCCACCAUCCCAUCCUAGGAACUGGGCAACAUGUGCCAGUCACAUCAGUAGUUAAAGGUGGCCCAGGAACCUUGAAAACCACAGAGCUGCCUCAAAGUGAGCACGUUCAGUGAUGAUCUGGAGCCCAGCUUGAGAGAGUCAGGGAUAGGGUGGAAGGAAAUUGAGAUGGAGAGGUACACCUCAAAUAUCGGGCUGAGGAAUUUGGCAUUUAUACUGUGGGAGGUGGUGGAGGGUCCCUGGAGAUUGAGAUCUGGUGCUAUUCUCAUACCUGGGACAACACUUGAGUAAAGAAUGAUUCUUAUCCCUGUCCCAGGACUCGUAAGUUUUCCCUCAUCAAGUCACAUAAUUUGGGCUCACAUGGAAAAAAUCAGCAUUUGAUGGGCAUACUGUUUAUUUAUUGAUGCAGUAUUAAUGGAGCUAACUGUAGGAACUUGGUUGGACCCAGAAUCAAUGCACGUGGGAAACUCAACAGGACAGGCAGAGAGAAGGGGACGAUGCCAGGAUGUGAGCCAGGGGCUGCAGCAAUGUUUUCUAAACUCCUGGGAAAAUAAGAUCAAGACCUACACACCUUUAUAGAUCUUUAUAGUAUUCUCUCUAUGCACAUAUGU